GGGCCUGUACAUCACAAUCCAUGACCUGGGCCAUGUCUACGAUAUUCUGUGCAACUGGCCAGUCAAUGAUGUCAAGGCUAUAGUGGUCACAGAUGGAGAAAGAAUCCUUGGCCUCGGAGACUUAGGAGCAUACGGUAUGGGCAUCCCAGUCGGUAAACUGUCCUUGUAUACAGCCUGUGCUGGGAUACAGCCACACCAGUGUCUGCCAGUCAUGAUAGAUGUGGGCACAAACAAUGAGAGUAUCCGCAAUGAUCCAUUAUACAUUGGGCUACGGCAGGCCAGAGUGUCGGGAGCUCCGUAUGACCAGCUUAUUGAUGAGUUCAUGCGGGCAGUAGUGAAAAGAUAUGGCAAGAACUGUCUGGUUCAGUUUGAGGAUUUUGGCAAUCACAAUGCAUUUAGGUUUCUGGAGAAGUACCGACUUGAUUACUGCACAUUCAAUGACGAUAUCCAAGGCACAGCAGCGGUUGCAGUGGCUGGGAUACUAGCCAGUCUCAAGAUCACUGGAGUGCCCAUCAGGGACAACAUAUUUGUAUUUCAGGGAGCAGGAGAGGCUUCGAUAGGUAUUGCCAAGUUGCUAAUGAACACAAUGGUGAAGACUGGCCAGACGCCUGAGAAUGCCCUGAAACAAAUCUGGUUGGUUGACUCUAAAGGACUCGUUGUAAAGAAUCGUCCAAAAGGUGGAGUGACUGAGGAAAAAAUAUUGUUUGCCAAAGAACACGAGCCUUUGGAUAACCUGGAGGAAAUAGUCCAGAAUUUGAAACCUACAGCUAUCAUUGGUGCUGCAGCCAUCCCUGGAGCUUUCACAGAAAAGAUCCUCACAGACAUGGGCAAGAACAAUAAGAGACCCAUCAUUUUUGCCUUGAGUAACCCCACCAGCAAAGCGGAGUGUACGGCAGAGCAGGCAUACAAGGCUACAGAGGGCCGGGCAGUGUUUGCCAGUGGGAGCCCCUUCAGUGAGUUCACCAUGAAUGGUCAGACAUUCUACCCAGGACAGGGAAACAAUGCCUACAUCUUCCCUGGUGUGGCCCUGGCUGUGAUAGCUGCAGAUAUCAGGUGUAUUACUGAAGAUAUCUUCCUGACAUCUGCUGAGUCCUUAGCAAAAAUGGUCACAGCGGAGAAUUUGAGUGAAGGGAGAGUCUACCCGCCCUUGAACACAAUCAGACAAGUUUCACUGAAUCUUGCCGAGGAUAUUAUACAUUAUGCCUAUGCUCACGGCCUGGCCUAUCGUCACCCGCGGCCUGAAAACAUUCGUUCUUAUUUAGAAGAAUUUGUGUUCAGCACAGACUAUGAAUCAUUUGUGCCGCCCGUGUAUCCAUGGCCAGAGUUCACAUACCAGCAGCCAAAGUAA